AUGCGGCUUGCAUUUCAAGUCAUGUCAUGUCAUGUGAUUGAUGAAUCCGAGGCCAUUAUGGUGCCACCGGAAUGGCCUGUGUUGUCCCCCACGCGCUCUCGCAGUCCCAAGAGAGGAGUGCUCCGUCCAACGAUUGCACCACACCUGGCGCCUUCCAGCCACGUUCAUGUUCCGAUGAAGUGGGCUGAGGUUUGCAAGACUGAGAGCGAGUCCGAAAGUGGGCAAUGUGACAGUCCAAGUCCCCGCGAAGAUCCACGGCCACGGUGUGGGCGAAUGGCGCUACAAGAGAUUCAGCUGCCGCAAGUUGGCUCAUGGAGUGAGGCGAAGAUGGGAGACCUCAAGCUGAAGGUGGUGCCCGAUGACAGCAGCAGUGGCGAGUGUUCUCCAGAGCCUGGUGUUCGAUUGCCGCGCUUUGCAAGGCAUCGGCCCCUUCCCCCGCCCCCGCCGCCGCGGCCCACCACGCCGCAGCGGACCCGCCCGCGGCCGGUAGGCGGAGCUUUAGAAGAUCAAAGGUCUAUGAGUCCAUUUGGAAAGGAAAAGGCCCCUCGCCGCGGAGCUGAUUCAGGUGGCUUCAAGAGCUGGGGUGCUUUUGGCAUGGCGAAGACACCUGAGGACGGUGCUGCAUUUGCAAAAGCACGACUUAAGGCUCUGCUGCCUGGAAAGCAGAUUUGCUUCUUCUACCUCAGUGGCAAGUGUUCCGGGGAGAACUGCUCCUGGUAUCAUCCUGAAGAAAGGGAAGUCAAAGAAGAGGUUCGUUGCCUGAUGAGGAUGAUACCAUGCAAAAGUGGACUCUUGUGCCAAGUCCGAGGGUGUGUUUUUGGCCACUGGGAUGAAGAGAAGCAGGAACCAUCUGGUGCUCAGGAAUGCUCAAGUGAUGCAGGAAGCGGCAGCCAAGAUAGUGGUGCUUCCGUGACCUCAUGCUCCACGUCCGAUCGCUCGACAAUGACAAGCAGUGACUGUGAAGAGUCUGAAGAGCCUGAUGAGCCUGAGCCCAGCAGGCAACAAUUCCUGCAGACAAAAGUGGCGCCAGCCUUGAUCUUUCAAGGGCCAGGAUUUUGCGUCCUGAGCAAGCCAGCAGGCUGGUCAGCAUCUAUGAGCAGGUCCGGUGCCGAGGAUGAUUCCGAAAGACCAGUUGGCUUAAAGGAGGUGAUGUGCAGUGGUCGUGUGGAACCUUUGAUGAGGCAUCCAGCUGCACCUGUUGGGAGCUGGAAACCGCUGCUGUCGCCCAGUCCCAUGACCUCUGGCCCUGCGCUGAUGGUUCAGACAAGUAAAGCCAGGCGCCGUUUGGCCCGAGCCUUCCAGACGGGACGCGUGGUGACCUAUUCCUUGGCCUUGGUUCCGGGCAAAAUGGAUCUGGCGCAAACUUCCGCUGCUUGCCGCAGACCCGACGGAGUCGCGGAGGUGUUGGCACUUGCAGAUCUUCAUCGUGUCUCGAAAGAGGACUGGGGUGGAGAGGCUAGCUGCGAAAGCUACACGCUGGUCUUGGUGAAGGCUGCUGGCUCGGCAUUGGGUGGCGAGAGAAGGUUGCUGCAGCUUGCAUGGGGCAAAGCUGCAGUGGGUGACACUGAGAAUGGUGGCAUCGGGACAGACCAGGGCCUCGGUGGUCGACCCUUUUUCCACACGUUGGCCACAGUGUUGGCGGAUCCCUGGUGGUGGGCAGACACCACUUAUCCUGCUGUGAUGGUCUGCCACUUGCCGGAAGACCUUUGUGGGGCACUUGCACAGCUGGAGGUUUCCUUGCCGCCCCUGCAAGAAGGCGGCGAGAAAGCCGACGAGCAGGCAGAAAGAGAAGUUGCUUCUGCGGCUGCCAUUGGAAUCUCCAUCAAGGAGGCGCUUUUGAAGAUGGGUCUUUUGCCAGCAGAACUUACUGCCAGCCUAGGUGUUCCGCCAGAGUGUGGCAUCGCAGCUGAAAAGCUGCCACAAGCAGAUCCUGCGCCCUAUGGAAUGGCCAGAUGGACCACGCCACGCUGGGCCGAUGAUGUCCCUCGAUGCCGCUGGGUUUUAAGCUUCAUUCUGCAGGUGCUUGCAAGGGCAGAGGUGUACCAGUUGUCCUACGGAACAGAUGGCUGGAUCCAGCUGCGUGCGCUUUUCUGGCGAUUUCCACAGCUGCAGGAGGCUUCUUUUGGCACUGUGCACUGGGUCGCUCGCUUGGCGGUGAAAGAUCCCACCAGGGCAGUCGAAGCCAAGAUUGUGAAUGGCUAUGUUUCUGUCCGGCGUGUCAGCGGAGCACAAAGGCUCCAAGCAUUUGUUGAGGACUAUGCUUCAAGCUUCGACCCUGACACUGAGCUUUCCGUGGCUGAGUUGAUGAGCAACAGUCAUGUGAAGAAACUCUUCAAUGGGUCUGAACUUCCUCAAGGGCGACCGCUUUUGGAACUCAUCAGGUCCUGCGCUCUGUUUGAAAUCGACCCCAAGGCCACUGCUUUAAGAUUGCGGCCAGCAGCAGAGCGCUUUCGGCUUGGCUUGGAGCAACUUUUUCGUCAGCCACCAGCGGCACUGCACGGGAGGCUGUCGGAAAGAGGCACAGUCUCCCUAUCUUGGUUGCUGCGCACCUUUGCGCACCAGCUGUUGGGCAACCUGCGGUUCUCGCCGCAGCAAGCGUUGGAAGCUUUGAGCCCAUCGCAGGAGCUCAUCUUGAAUCCAAAAACCUUGGCAGUGGAGCCACGAGGGCAGCUCAGUCUGCCGGAAUCACUCGCAGAUGUGCCGGCCAGCAGAGAAAGGAUGAUUUACAUGUCUCUCACCCACGGAGGUCGACGUAGACCCCAACUUCAUGAUCAAACCUGGAUACAGCCAGCGUUUGGAGGUUUGGAUUUCAGGAUUGUCAGGAAACUUCGAGAAAUCCUGGAUUUUUACAUGCAUCCUUUCAGCAUUCAACACAAUGCUUUGCUUCGUCAUGGGGCAGAACAGGGCAGCUGGGCAUGGCCUUUGAAACGCUUGGCCUCCCAAUUACCGCGGGUGGAGGUGAUUCUUGCACCGGUGGACCUCUCACUCAUGCCACGCCUUCUGCAAGCUCUUUGCGAGGAGCCAGGUGAGUACAUGGAGAUUGUGUCCAAUGUUCUGACAAAGCAGCCCUUGGUAAAGCCAAGGUACACACCAGAUUUUCGGAUGCCAGUCGUGCGCUCCAGUGAAAGCUGGGUGCCCAAGCAUUUUGCGGCCAAUUACGAGGAAAGGCCACAAAUUCCAGAUGACGCGGCUGUGAUUUUGUCCUACAACUUGCUAUGCAAGCAGGGCCCUGACCAUUUGGCGCUCCAAUCUUCUGGGACUGAAGCGUUUCUGCGGGCUCCGCGCUUGGCACGGCAGAGGUGGCGGUUCCGGGUGAUGCGGCAGCUCGUCGCGUACCAGCCUGACAUCAUUUGCUUGCAGCAUGUGGAGGCAGAGCUAAGCUCACCGUUCUGUAGCAGGACAGAAGGCAUGACUGGUCCAGUCAAACUGGCGAAAGGGGGACACCUGCUGAACGAGAUCAUCAAGAAACUUGAAGAGGAGGACUUUGAUUGGUGUGCUGCACCGGGAUCGACUGACUGGGCCAAUGCAGUCUUCUGGAAACGCUCCAAGUGGUGCCUUCAGAAUUGGGAUGGAUUUGAGGGCAACAAGCAAGUGAGCCUUGUGCCAGCGAUGGCUAUGACCGAUAGGGAGCCUCUGACAAUUGGCAACAUGGCAGCUCAAUGCGAAAAGGACUUCGGAGAAAACCUCGAGUCCAUGCAGGCGAUGCUGCCGCCCUGGGAAUCGGCCAGCGUGCUUUGUGCGGCAUCAGGCAUCGACAUCUCGGAUGGAGCAAGGGACAUCUUGAAGAAGAAGGAGUUGGGAGUGGUGUCAGGGUCAAACAGGGGUCAAAUACAGCAGGUUUGA